AUGAAAAACUUCAUGGAUUAUGAUGCUUUACAGAAGUUCAACAACCAGUCAUGGAGAUAUAGAUAUUAUACGACUACAACAACAACUAUUCUUGGAAUUGAAACAAGUUGUGAUGACACAAGUGUUGCGGUGGUCAACAGUGACCGGAAGAUUCUCGCGGAAUACAGAAAAGCACAGUGGGACAUUCAUAAGAAGUUUAAUGGUGUCGUGCCUAAACUGGCGUCGGAAGCACACAUUCAGGUGAUCGAUGAAGCGGUGGAGUAUGCACUGCGCCAGUCCAACAAGAGUAUGGAGGAGAUCGACGCUGUCGCCGUUACCACUGGGCCGGGCAUCGCACUGUCUCUCCAGGUCGGCGUGGAGAAAGCGGUUGCUCUGGCCAAGCAAUACAACAAACCACUGAUAUCGGUCAAUCACUUGGAAGGACAUUGUCUGACCUGUAGACUUAGCGAUCCAUCGAUUGAGUUUCCCUUCAUGACACUACUGUGGGCUAAAGUCAUCGAUGAAGAGAUUGAUCGAUAA